AAACAGGAAGCCGAAGAAGCUGAAGCUGGAGCUGUAGCAGGUGACCAAGAGUCCGAUGAUGAUGGUGAUCUCAUUAUUUGCAGGCUAUCUGAUAAGAGAAGGGUGACUAUUCAAGAUUUCAGAGGGAAAACCUUGGUUUCUAUAAGGGAGUAUUACAAAAAGGACGGCAAAGAACUUCCUAGCUCUAAAGGGAUAAGUUUGACAGAAGAACAAUGGUCGGCCUUAAAGAAGAAUAUAUCGAACAUUGAGAAAGCUGUAAGGAAGAUGGAGUCAUAGACCCAGUGAGAGCUUGAUCUAGGGACCGGUAGUGUCGUCUUGUGUAAUUGUGAACCUA